GCGUGGGGCUGGCGACAGAGAGCGAAAGCAGCUGUAUCUGCGAAGCGGGUCUCUGGACUGGAGCGCCAUGGCAGACCAGUCUUUUGUGACACUAGCCACAAACGAUUCAUAUGUGAAAGGAGCACUUGUACUGGGGUCCUCACUGCGAAACCACAGAACAACAAAGAAGUUGACGGUACUGAUCACUCCCCAUGUCUCGGAUCCCAUGAGGAAAGUAUUGGAAAAAGUUUUCGAUGAAGUAAAGCCAGUGGAUGUCUUGGACAGCGGUGACUCAGCCCAUCUUGCACUGUUGAAAAGGCCUGAGCUUGGUGUUACAUUGACAAAACUCCAUUGCUGGGAACUAAUACAGUACUCAAAAUGCGUUUUCAUGGAUGCAGACACAAUGGUUUUGUCAAAUAUUGAUGAGCUUUUUGAAAGAGAAGAGCUUUCUGCAGCACCAGAUCCAGGCUGGCCAGACUGUUUCAAUUCAGGAGUUUUUGUCUAUCGGCCUUCCAUUGAAACAUUCGAUCAACUGUUACAACUUGCCACAGAGAAAGGCAGCUUUGAUGUUCUGCCAGCUUUCUUACCGGACAUGGAACCCGAGUUAUGGCGUGGGCCAACAAGUGGGGACCAGGGUUUAUUAAACACUUUCUUCAGCAGUUGGGCAACUACAGACAUCAGCAAGCACCUGCCAUUUAUUUAUAACUUAAGCAGUAUUUCGAUCUACUCCUAUCUCCCAGCAUUUAAAGCGUUUGGGACAAAUGCUAAAGUGGUUCACUUCCUGGGAAGACUGAAACCCUGGAACUACGCAUAUGACUCCAAAGCAAAAAGUGUCAAAGAAGAUGCUCAAGAUCCCACAGCGAUUCAUCCAGAGUUUCUCAAUAUGUGGUGGGACAUCUUCGUCACAAACAUCUUGCCAUUGCUACAUCAACAUGGUGUCGUUAAAGAUACAGCUACUGGUGUAAAGGCGCUAUCGGGCUUGGUCUAUACACUGGCUUUCUCUUGUGGCUUCUGCAGAGAGGAAGAGGUAGCGGAGGCCAUAUCCCACUUGUCACUUUCAUCUGCAGCUGUGCCAAACUCGCCGCCGUCACCGCCAGCUAUAUCCUCAGAAGAGCGCAAAGAGAGAUGGGAGCAGGGCCAGGCUGACUACAUGGGAGCAGACAGCUUUGACAACAUCAAGAAAAAACUUGACACCUACCUCCAGUAGACUCACUUGUAUCUGCUCUACAGACAACAGCAAUACAAGGACGUGUUUCACAGCUAUAGCAACUAGGAAAGUCAGAUAGGGUCAAAUUAAACUUGCUAGCAGUUUUGCCCACUGCUCAGCUGAAGGCUGUUGGCAGUACCGCAGGUAAGAACUGAGCAAAAGCUGUUGUUCUGAGUAUGAAUCCUUAUCCUUGUGCCAAUCAUGUGUCCAGUAGCCAGAUCUUCUCCUCUUGCACAAAACCUGUAAAAGAACUUGUUGGGAACAGGACACUGGACUGGCGUGAUACUCCAGGCUUACACCUAUAGGACUGUUGUGCUUUACCUCUUCCUUUCACCCCCCCUCCCCAAAAAAACCCUACCAUGUUUUGCUUGCUAUGUUAAAAUAAAGACUAGAGGUUAAGGCAGCUACAGUGAAGGGGCCUUACAGUAAGCACAUCAAAAAAACAUGCAGCAGCAAUCUGUGUAAAAACAUUGCUUUUCUGUCGAUUCCAGCCUUAUGGAAGACUUCUGACCAGACUUCUAUGCACAGUACCUAUAGCAUGGCAGAUACUUAUGUUCAGUUCUGUGUACUUUUGGGACUAGCAAACCUUUGAACUGUUAACCUGUAAAAUGGCACUGAACAUGCACAAUAAAAGAAAUCAUGGUAAAACCUA